GAGGCCACGCCCCCAGGGAAGAUGGCGGCGCUGCGGGCGCUGCGGUGGCGGCGGCUCCCGGGGCUCGUCCCGAGGCGGCUCCUGGGGACCGGCUCCCCCGAGGAGCGGCCACAGUUCCCCGGAGCCUCGGCCGAGUUCGCCGAGCGCCUCGAGUUCAUCCAGCCGCAGGUGCUGGCCGGGAUCCCCGUGUACCGCGUGAUGGACCGGCAGGGACAGGUGAUCCGCGACUCUGAGGAUCCGCAGCUGCCCAAGGAGCAGGUGCUGAAGCUCUACAAGACGAUGACGCUGCUCAACACCAUGGACAGGAUCCUGUACGAGUCCCAGCGACAGGGCCGGAUCUCGUUCUACAUGACCAACUACGGCGAGGAGGGGACGCACGUGGGCAGCGCCGCCGCCCUGGACGAUGCUGACCUGGUGUUCGGGCAGUACCGCGACAGGUGUGACAAGGCAGGUGUGCUGCUGUACCGCGGGUACCCCCUGGAGCUGUUCAUGGCCCAGUGCUACGGCAACGCGCGCGACCCCGGCAAGGGCCGCCAGAUGCCCGUGCACUACGGCUGCCGCGAGCGCCACUUUGUCACCAUCUCGUCCCCGCUGGCCACGCAGAUCCCGCAAGCCGUGGGCGCGGCCUACGCCAUCAAGCGCGCGGACGCCAGCCGCGCCGUGGUUUGCUACUUCGGCGAGGGCGCGGCCAGCGAGGGCGACGCGCACGCCGGCUUCAACUUCGCCGCCACCCUCGAGUGCCCCAUCGUCUUCUUCUGCCGCAACAACGGCUACGCCAUCUCCACGCCCACCUCCGAGCAGUACCGCGGCAACGGCAUCGCGGCUCGGGGCCCCGGCUACGGGCUGCUCUCCAUCCGCGUGGACGGCAACGACGCGCUUUUACGGCCGACGCGCUGGGCGCGCGCGCGCCCUGUGGCUGAGAACCAGCCCUUCCUCAUCGAGGCCAUGACCUACAGGAUCGGGCACCACAGCACGAGCGACGACAGCUCGGCGUACCGCUCGGUGGACGAGGUGAAUUACUGGGACAAGCAGGAUCACCCCAUCUCCCGCCUGCGGCACUACCUGGGGCGCCGCGGCUGGUGGGACGAGCCGCAGGAGCAGGAGUGGAGGAAGAGCUCGCGCAAAAUGGUCCCAAAAAUCGGCAUUUUGGGGGUUUUGGGGCGGGAAAUACUCGGGGUUUUUGUUGGGAAAAAAUCGGGGUUGGUGUAG